AUGGAUGAAGAUGAGAAGGACAGGGCAAAGAGGGCAUCACGCAACAAAUCUGAAAAGAAGAGGAGAGACCAGUUCAAUGUCCUCAUUAAAGAGCUUUGCACCAUGCUGCAGGGCCACGGGCACCCUCUCAAGAUGGACAAGUCCACAAUACUGCAGAGAACCAUUGACUUCUUACAGAAACAGAAAGAAAUCACAGCACAGACAGAAGCCUGUGAGAUUAGACAAGACUGGAAACCUUCAUUUCUUAGCAACGAGGAGUUCACCCAGUUGAUGUUAGAGGCCCUGGAUGGCUUUCUCAUUGCUCUUACCACUGAUGGGAUUAUUAUUUAUGUCUCUGAUAGUGUUUCAUCUCUGCUUGGACACCUACCAUCAGAUUUGGUGGACCAAAAUAUAUUAAACUUUCUGCCUGAGCGGGAGCAGAGUGAGGUGUACAAGCUCCUUUCUCCACACGUGCUGAUGACAGAUCCUGUUGCAGCUGAUUUUCUGAACGCGGAAAAACAAAUAGAGUUUUGCUGCCAUUUAGCAAGAGGCAGCUUGGAUCCAAAUGAACCCUUGAUGUAUGAAUAUGUGAAAUUUGUAGUGGAUUUUAAAUAUUUUACUCAUGUGCCUACACCCUCCUGUAAUGGCUUUGAGUCAGCUAUUGCACGAGCUUUCAGGUCAGCCACGGAGGAGCAGAUUUGCCUCGUAGCGACUGUUCGUCUUGUCACACCACAGUUCUUAAAGGAGCUCUGCAAUGUUGAAGAGCCAUGUGAAGAAUUUACAUCAAGGCAUAGUUUGGAAUGGAAGUUUUUAUUCUUGGACCACAGGGCUCCACCUAUUAUAGGAUAUUUGCCCUUUGAGGUUCUGGGAACAUCAGGGUAUGAUUACUACCACGCAGAUGACCUGGAGCUUCUUGCUAGGUGCCAUGAACACUUGAUGCAGUUUGGGAAAGGAAAGUCCUGUUACUAUCGGUUCCUGACCAAAGGCCAGCAGUGGAUAUGGCUGCAGACACACUACUACAUCACCUACCACCAGUGGAAUUCCAAACCCGAGUUCAUUGUCUGCACUCACCUGGUAGUUAGUUAUGCAGAGGUUCGAGCUGAAAGAAGGAGAGAUCUUGGCCUUGAAGAAUCAUCAAUUGAACUGGCAUCCUCUUCUGUAAAGAGCCACAGCAGCUACCUGGACGUGGGGCCAUGCGGCAGUAGCCAGGACGCCAGCCGGGAGGGAGUGUCCCUGUCAUCCCACAGCUCCCGCCGCUCCUCGCACACCGCGCUCUCCGACUCCGCAUCCACCUCAUCCAUGCGACACACAGACACCAGCACCCCCACCCGGCCGUCAGUGCCAGGGGGGCAGGUGGAGAAGGCAGCCCUGCGGCUGGCGCCGGCGGGAAGCGCUCAGCCAGUGUACCAUUUCCCCACCCAGCUGGGAAUGAUGCAUCAGCUGAAAGAGCAGCUGGAGGAGAGGACUCGCAUACUGCAAGCUGACAUCAAGACACAGCAAGAAGAGCUCCAUGUCAUCAAGGAGCAGCUCCAGCUAGUGCAGGACUCCAACCUGCAGAUGCUGAUGCAGCAGCCGAUCCCUGUUGUCUUUAACAACGUGCAGCACCCAAGCCCCAGGAGGCCACCCCCACCAGCAGCAGGGACCCCCGGGCAGGCAACAGCCAAGAAGUCACAACAGCAAGGUCUUCUGGGGACGAAGCACUACUGCAGCACCCACCUGCCAUCACCACGCCAAUUCCUCAGGGACCCCUGUGGCACAGCCACCCAGGUCAGUGCACAUCCCAUUGCCGUGGCUGCACAGGUGCCGACCGAUGGCAGCGAGAGGCAACCACAGUCAGAGUACAGCCAGGACAGGAGCCUCAGGAUGCUGUUGGAUCAGUCUAUCCAAGCCAUGAUGCCCGCUGCCAACGGCAGUGGCCAGUCCACACAGAGCAGUGCCAGCAGGCAGCAAGGAAAAUUCGUUGCAGAGCAGCAGAUCUUGCCUCCCCCAGUACAGAUGCAACCUGUAGCAACCUGUAGCACCGUCCGACCUCCAGCCCCAUCACCCAUUUUCUCCCCGUCUCUGAUGAUCCCACACACCAGCUUCACAUCCCACCAGGCAAACACACCAGUCCUGCUCCAUCAGUGGCCACAGCAGCAGGGUCAGCAGCACCGUCUCUACCUUCAGAUGCAGGGUCCUGAGCCGGUGCCUGGGGGUCCAACGCAGCGCGUUUUCCAGCCACCCCACGCCCCGCAGCAGAACCCCCUGAGCUCCUUGCUGCACCCUCAGCAGCAGAGCCGCCACACGCAGGGCCAGGCAUGCAACCUGCCUGACCUGCCCGAGAUGCAGCUGCCCUGA